GAGUGAUCUGCAAACCUAAGUUUUAGCAUGCAUGUUUUGCUACAAAGCAAGGGAGGGCGUGAGUGAAAAGUAGGAAACAGAACAUGAUCUUGCUCAGCAGGAAUUUACUCUUAACAAGCACCAGAGAACAGCGGAGAAAACAAUGCUACAUACAGUGGAAAGUCAUCAGGAAAGACUAAGAAGUUCUAUUGUAUGACAUUUUGAUUCAUUCCACUCCACACCCUGUGUUCCCUGCAGUUUGAUGCAGCCUUUUUGUGAGUUGCUAACACAAGUUUACUCUUCUUGCUUCAGUGCUUUCUUUCAGAAGAAGAAGAGAACAAAAAAUGGGGUGCAGAAGAAAAGUGCUUCUUGCUUCAAUAAUUUUCACACUUGUCUGCUACAAAGUGACCGCAAAGGAUACAAGAUUACUGGAUGUCCAAAAGACCAAAGAUGUUGUAGAUGACCAGUAUGAUGGAUGCCGUGAUGAGGCCAUGAAGAAGUUCAUUGAGUCAGACGUGUUAAAACGAGAACUAAGCAACAGUGAAGGAUUUCAGAAAGCGUGGACUAAAAGUAACGAGUGUUCAAAGCAGAUCCCUGGAGGAAGAAAAGAGCAUACUGCUGCACUUUCAGUCUAUGUUAAAGGAGAUCGGCCUUUCAUAAAAACACUGAACAAAGCAAUAGAGACAAUGGGUGGAAAUGUUAGCAUCUAUGAAAACCACUUCCACUUCAAGUCUCUUCAUUUCCUGCUGAUGGACUCCAUGAGGCUGCUGAAGCCACAGGAGUGCAAGAACUUUUAUGUUUUUCAAGAUGGUCAAAACAAACCACAGAAAGGCUCCACAGUGAGAUUUACAAGUUUCACCUCAGCUCAUUCAGACUAUGAAGAGCUAAAGAAAUCUGAAGAUGUCGAUGAGAAUAUGAUUUUAAAUCUCACUUCUUGUUUCUUUGUCAACCUGAAAGACUAUGUGUGCGGUCAAGAACUGGAUGAAAUACUCUUAUCUCCAGCAGAAGUUUUCACUGUGGAACAAGUGGAAACAAAAACUACAUCGGAUGAUGACGAAUACCUUGACAUUGUUCUGAAACAGUUAAGACUGAAAAGCUCCCACAACUGUUACAUCUCUUCACGGUCUCCUCCAGCUGCUGUCUCCACCCUGUGGCUUGUAUCAGUGCUUGCGGCCUCAUCUUUGUUUUCUGUAACUGUUUAGUAAAAACAGUUUCCUGAGUGUUAUCAUCUAUAUACUGCUUUGUUUAUUCAUUUCACAAUUUGUUGGCACUUUAUUUGGCAGAUUGUAGUAUCUACCAAAUAGAGUUUUAAAGUAGGCUGCCAAAAUAUAAUCAAAUAUUCUUUUCUGCUUCUGUCAUAUGUUAUGAAUUACAGACCCAAUUCACAUAUA